AUGGGAGAUGGGACUGGGCUUCUUCUCCCCAUAAUUGCUUUGGAGAUGCAAAGUGUGCUGCUAAUGGAAGCUAUACGCAAUGUUCAAAUUGCUAGGCCUACCAGAGAAUACACGAGGCAUAUUUUUGCCCAGUUACAUCUUACAAAGUUGUACAAUGAAGCAGAGUGUGUCAGAUUUGAUCUGCGGCCCUCUGAUGCAAUUGACAUUGCAGUGAGAUGCAAGGUGCCAAUCCAAGUGAACAAAUACUUGGUGUAUGCAGACGGUAUGAGGAUUAUUGAAUUCGAAAAGGUUUCAGGGCACAGCUCCUCAUCAGAUGGCUCAUUUCCUGAGUUGGACAGCUCUGUGGAGGGACAGGCUCACUCAACUCCGCUCAAAGAGGAACUCGACAUAGUCAUCAUAAUGUCAUCUCUCUUUGGUACCACAGGAGGAUAA